UAUGCCAGGAUUUAAGAUUCUCUCUCAUCCACGUGUCUUUAUCUCAAUCAGAUAAACUAAAAAAACGAAUAUUCGAAUUUCGCCGCUUCGAAACCCCCAUUUUUAUCCCCAAAUUUUCGAACCUCGUUAUCGCGAAUUCGCAGGUGACCUCUCUAAAGCAUCAUCAAACCAAACAAAUCUUCGUCCACUUUCUCCCUGGCAAAGACGGAAACUAAGGGUUUUUGCUGCAAUUCUCUUUGGCCGAAUUGGAAUCGUUGGAACAUAAUUCGUCAUGAAGUUCCUGGAGUGUGCUCCUCUGGAUCGGCUUAACGAUUUCUUGAGUAAUUUGAAUCUUGGAGAGCGUACUAUCAAAGGAUGCCUUGAAGCUUAUAGUUGCAAACAUGCUGGAACUGAUAAAAAACUCUCUAUCAGUUUGGAGAAUGAGAUUCUUGAUUAUCUUGGGAAAUCAUCCGACACUGAUUCUUCCUCGCCGGAUGAAAUCUUAUUUUCCAGAUCCAGCCGAAGAACAUUGGUUUACCUGGUUCUUACCCUCUAUCACAUGUAUCCAGAUUAUGACUUCAGUGCAGUUAAAGCUCACCAGUUUUUCACAGAGGAAUCAUGGGACAGUUUUAAGCAGAUUUUUGAUACCUACAUGUUUGAAGCCUCAAAGGAAUGGGUUGAAACUGUUGGUGGUGUUUCACUGCUAGACGCCUUGUUCAAGGCCCUUGAUGAGGUGGUGAAGUUAGUGGAUUGCGAAAUAUAUGGUUAUGUCCCUGAUUCUGAGGCAGAUCCGUUACUUGAGAGAGGAGCAAUAUGGUCCUUUAAUUUCUUGUUUUAUAAUAGGAAGCUUAAACGGAUUGUGACUUUCCGUUUCAGCUGUUUUAGUAACUGGAUUACUGAUGGAUUUCUUAUCGACGAGAUACACGAUGAGGACGAAGAAAUAUUUGCUGACAUGGAUAUAUGAGUCAAUACUGCAUCUACUAUGUCAGCAUAUCAAGACUCUCAACCUCCUGUGUGUAGUUCUGUAAUAUAAGAUUACUUCAGAUGUGUAGUUCUGUAAAUUGAAGAUCGUUUCUCUGGGGCCCGAGUCGUAGAUCUACAUAUUAUUACUACAAAUGCUACUAUGGUUUCUUUGCAGCAUUUGUAUCUUCCCGUAUGAAUAUAGUAGAUUUAGCAUCUGUAUCUUCCUCGAAUGCACAUUGUAGAUUUGGAGUCUGUAUCUUUGUGUGUGCAUAUAACUAAUCGUAGUUAGGACACCUCUGUUGUAAUAAUACAAAAACAUACUUAUUUGGAAUUGGAGAUACGAUUGUUGAAUAUUC